UGGUUUAUCCCCGACCGGAAGUGCCGGUGUUUACAGGAAGCAGUUUUGCGCAGUGCGUCUUCCUGGGACAUUUUUCGGAGUUUAAAUGGAUACUCUGGCCUUUUUCGCUCAGGGGAGUGAAUGACGACGGUUGAGGGAAGCUGGAAGACACUCGGUCUGUAGUUCUGUCGGUACGGCAAAGGUACAGCGGCCCGAAGAGGGACCGAGCAGCGGCCGGCCAUCUGCCGCUGGCUAGGCGUCUAGCUGGUUAGCCAGCCCCCGUGGUGCAGGCCCCGAGUCCGGCCACGGCGAUGGGUCUGGAGAGCAGCGCCCUACGAAGCUGCAGGCUGGAGGAGCCGCUGCUCACCCUCCCAUCCGGGAUCACCAUGUACUCUGCGCUCCUCCAGGACGGCAAACGGGCCUCCGUGUUUGUUCAUAAGCAGGGUAACGAAGAUAAAGUCAAUAAAGCUGCCAAGCACCUGAAGACCUUGCGACACCCUUGCCUUCUGCGAUUCCUGUCCUGCUCAGUGCAGGAUGGGGGCAUCCACCUGGUGACGGAGCCUGUGCAGCCGCUGGGGGUGGUGCUAGACAGCCUCUCGCCCGAGGAGAUCUGCGCGGGCAUCUACGACUCGCUGCAGGCCCUGGUUUUCCUGCAUGACAUAGGCAAGUCAAGCCACAACAAUGUGUGCAUGUCCUCGAUCUUCGUCGGCGAAGACGGUCACUGGAAGCUGGGCGGAAUGGAGACGGUCUGCAAAUUUUCCGAAGCGACUCCGGAGUUUCUUAGAAGCAUCCAGGCUGUGAGAGAUCAAAGCGUGCUUCCCCCAGAGGAAAAGGUUAUAAGCUUCCAGAUGCUUCCUGAAAAAUAUGGACAUUCUAGAGAUUCCUUUUCCUUUGGGGUCAUAGUGGAGACCUUAAUCCCACUUUUGAGCGAUUAUGUCUCUGCAGAAAUGUCAGAAAGUCUCAAGUUUACCCUCCAAAACGGUUUGCUGAACCCAGAUCCUCUGACCCGCCCGCCCCUCAGCAAACUUCUGACACACAUGUUUUUCCGGAAUGACUUUCUUGAGGUGGUAAACUUUCUGAAGAGUCUGACACUGAAAACAGAGGAAGAGAAGAAUGAGUUCUUCAAGUUUCUCAUGGACCGGGUACAGAAUCUUCCAGAAGAACUGAUUGCAGUCCGCCUUGUUCCAAAGCUCUUAAACUCCCUGGUGUUUGCUGAGCCUGCUGCCGUAAAAAGUUUCCUCCCUCAUCUUCUCAGGCCAAAGAAGGCAGAUUCCAGGGGCAGCAAUGAGGACUGUCUUCUGUCCAUAUCCCUCUAUCGCAAAUAUGUCAUCCCCCAGCUUCUGAAGCUGUUCAGAGUCAACGAGGAGCACGUGAGAAUAGUGCUGCUGUGCCACAUCGGCAUCUUUGCCGAGUUUUUUUCUCACGAGGACCUGAAAAAUCAGAUUCUACCUCAGAUCUUACUAGGAAUGAGAGACACUAGUGAUUCGCUAGUUGCCAUGACGCUUCAGAGCCUCGCUGUUCUUGUUCCUUUGCUUGGAGCUGAAGUUGUGGUGGGUGGAGAGAGAACUAAAGUGUUUAAACAGACGACCCCCAACUUCACCAAGUCUGCUGAAGUCACCCCAGAUUGCUCUCCUAUUCACAUCAGUUUACAGCCACAAAUUGCCCAGCCACCAAAAAUCCUGAAUGUUUUCUCCAGACCCUCUGGAAGUAAAGAGCUGGUGCUGGAAAACAUUGAGUCUCUCAGAUCAAAGGAGAAAUCAGCGGAACAAAUGACGACAAAAUCAGCGAUCACUCUGAAUGGAUUCCCCAAAGGACUGCAAGCCUACAAAGGGGAUGAGUCUGUAGGUCAUGUACAGUCUGCAGAGGAAUGGCCAGACUGGAGUGAUGUGGAUGAGGAGCAGCCAGGACAGAUCAGUGUCCCCCUCACAGGGAAGCAGGAGGGGGCUGUUGUGGACUCCACAGAGGAACGCGAGACGUGGGACGACUUUGGCAACUCAAACCGGUCCCCUGCCUCAUUAGCCUGGAACUCGACUGAUGUCACCCAUGAACCAGUAAAAGGGUCCGGAAGCCCCAAGCCGAGUGCUGCUUCUAAAACCCAGCUAGAAGGAAUGCCCCCUUUGCACGGCGACGACCAGAACCGAGAGGGCGACGUGAAACCAAAGAUGCCCGCGGAAUCCGCAAAGCCAAAACAGGUUACAGCCAGCGGAUUAGGGGAGGAGUUCACGAUUGAAGUGAGGAGGAAGCCAGAGAAAGAUCCGGAAAUGGACUUCUUUGCAGACAUGGUUCCAGACAUUAAGUUGUCGUCUGCGACUUUGACAGUGAUCUCUGAUGGCAUAGUAGGCGAUUCUGAACUGCUUACACCGACUAUAGGUAUUUCUGAGCACACAGACCCCACAGGCCUGGAUCCAGCAAUAGAUACGGUUGCGUUGACAGUGAAGUUUGCUGCAGCAGACACAAUCGAAAAUGAAGUGGCAGGCUGGGGUGAUGGAGAUGACCUUAACUGGGAAGACGUGAACGAGGACGCAUGAUAAGGCUGUAGGCCGUCCACAAAAAGCCGCGGAACAGAAGCUGCUGAUCACAGGGAACGAGGCCGAGAGUCACAGCAGAAUCGGGGGUCUUCAUUUCUACUUCAUAGACGUUAAAUCAAACUAGGUUCUUGUGUUUUAUUUUAUUUUUUUUAAUCAUUGUCAAACUACCAGUAGUUUCAAAUGGAAAUGGUCUACUGCAGACUUCUGUCUGCAACUUUCAUUUAGGUUCACUGUGGCACACUGUAAAGGUUUCCUUUUGGGUACUUGCGUAAUAUUUUGACUUUACUGGAAAUUUUAAUCCUGCCAAUAUUUGACAAAUUUAUGUGGUGGGAAAGCAACUCACACGCGCUGCUCUUAUUGGUGGUGGAUUUACUGUUGUCUGCCAUAGUGCUGAUUUUGUGUUUUUUUUUUUUUUUCCCC